AUGAUUAAAGCAACGAAAACUAAAGCGAUACCGAUAGCGGCGCCUCCUAAUCAUAAUGUAGCUAUUGAAGCUCCGAUGUAUUUAGCUGCUAAUGCUAAUUGCACAAUAAUUAAAUUUAUUUAA